AAUCAUUUGUUGUUGACAUUUUCACUUGCAUUUAAUUAAAUUUUCCACAAGACGUAGAAAAAUAAUAGAAAUUAAUAAAGAACAAAAUUAAUCAAGUGCUUUAGAAACCAAUAAAAGUGUCAAAUUUAUUAGCAAAUAAUAUAAAAAGGCCAUAAAUGAUUGUACAAAAUGAAUUCGCAACAGCCAACGCAAUAUAAUUUUAAAGUUGUUUUACUCGGAGAGGGGUGCGUGGGUAAGACAUCGAUUGUUUUACGAUAUGUAGAGGAUAAAUUCAAUCCUCAACACAUCAGUACACUGCAAGCUUCGUUUCUGACCAAGAAGGUGACACUGGACAAUGGCAGCAAGGUGCAGUUGAAUAUCUGGGAUACAGCCGGACAGGAGCGUUUUCAUGCAUUGGGACCCAUAUAUUAUCGUGGUUCGCAUGGUGCCAUACUGGUGUAUGAUAUCACCGAUCAAGACUCCUUUCAAAAGGUAAAGAAUUGGGUUAAAGAACUGAAACGUAUGCUGGGUUCAGAGAUAAUACUGGCCAUAGCUGGCAAUAAAAUAGACUUGGAGGAGCAGCGUACGGUAAUGGAGGAUGAUGCUAUGUCGUAUGCGGAAAGUGUAGGUGCUCAUUAUUUUGAAACUUCUGCCAAAACAAAUGACAAUGUCGAGGAGGUAUUUGUAGAAUUAACAAGACUUAUGGUGCAACAUGCCCAACAAAACAAUCAAAAACAAAGAACAAUGACUCAACAGCAAUUCGGCCAAAGACGUUUAAUCGUAGAAGAUUCCACAGAAGGCAAUGAGGGUAAUCAAACACAAGUGCCUGAAGGUUCUCGUUCCUGUUGUGGUUAAAAGCUUAAAGGGUUAAUAAAUAAUCCCACCUCAUUUAUUCACCCAACCACCCCUAAAACGUUUCUUAAUAAAACUAAAUAAAUAAAAAGAUGCAGCAGUAAGAGAAAAAAAACAGUGAAUAAGUGAGCGUGCAACUAGUAGUUUAAUUAUUUAAAUAAAUAAAUUUAUGUGAUAAAAUUAAAAAAAAUAUACCUAUAUUUAAAAAAAACAUCGUAUGUAUGUAUAUAAAGUACAUGUAUUUAAUAUUAUUGUUAAUAAUUUGUUUAUUUCUACUAUAAUUCUUCUUAUUCUUAAAAAUAGCAUAGAUAUUUUUUCCAUUAUAUUUUCAUAAAUUCUUCAUUUUAAAUGUAGCUUAAGCUUUUAUGUAUUAAAAAAGUGUAUCAUGUCUCUGUGAAUAUAUAUAAAAAUAAUUUUGCUUGUCUAA